UAUAGGGUCUGGUGUGGAGGUGGUGUGUUUAGUGCCUAAAUUGUUCAUUUCCUGGUCAUUUGAAUGGUCAGUCUCCGGCCAAACAGUACUAUUCAUCACACAGGUGUAAUGAAGGACUGUUGGAGUAACGUUUGGAGAUAUAUUUACCUGUGCGUUGAUCAGUGAGCUGGAACAGACGUAAUAUAUUUAUAUAUACUGGAGGCUCGGCAUGUGUAUGUGCAUUACAAGUUAUGCGUAUCACAGAAUGUGUAUGUUGGUAUUCUAAGGACCGUGUUGGAUAUUUUGUCGGGAGGAUAGCUUAUUAGGACCCCAAUACAGGACGUAUGUAUAAUAGGAGGGACCACUCCACAAACUGGCUAGUUUAGUGACAGGAGCUGUACUGUGGUCCUGUGCUGUUUUCUUCCUCAAGGGGAUUUACCCAAUCUUUGACUCCACGAUGAAGCCGUCAUAGCAGCCCUUCGCCAACAACACUACCAUGACAACCAUGGAACGGUCAGACAGAAUGCUCUUCAUAUCGGAAUCUCCAGUGGAUAGGAGUUUUGACAGUAAAAUGACCAGUUAUAACCAACAGUCCACGGUGACAGAGGUCCAUGUUGUAGGAUCGGAGACAAACAAUGUUGCCCUAAAUCGUGUAUGGGGACCCCCAACGGGGACGGCAACAGCAGAGAUACGCCAUGUGAAUGUAAACAUGGAUGCCAACCACAAUGUGAAACCUUCCGAGUUCCUACAGAGGACUGGUCAUUCCUCUAUGUCUUCGUCUUCAAGUUCAUCCCUGCCGCCACAAACCUCAAUGAAAUCGUACUCCACUGUAUCGUCUUCAGCCUCACUUCCACAUACUACCACGCAGGUCCGGCGGAACCAGUCUGAAAGUGCUGCAGCAGAAAUGCGGCCAGAGGUGGGGAGGGAGCGUGCCACUGCGCAAAUGCGAGGGGUUGGGACAGAAAAUGUAACAGCCCAGGUGUGGGGGACGGAGAGCAUGCAUGCUGAGUACCGAGAUACAGGCCACGCCACAGUCAGCACAGAAGUGAAACACAAAGAAAAUGGAGAGAAGAAAGUGACUAUCUUGGAGAAUGGACAGUGUACCUGUUGUCCCUAUGGUUACCAUAUAGACUUGGACUUCGUCAACUACUGUGACAGUUUGAAUGAUCCUGCCUAUUUGAAAAAGUUGAAAAGGUUACAACGAGAAAAGCGUAAACUUCGUAAAUCUAUGGAAGUCUAUCUUCAACAACAGGAGAAUUCUGAUGUCCAGCAAACAGAGACCGUGGAGCGGAUUAGCCUCGUGCCACUCAACAAACAAAGUGCACCGGCCAAUCAGGUUCUGGAUGAGAUAGACUCAUCAGUGGAUGCCACACUGGCUUCCAUCAACACUAUGAUGUAUACUUCUGCUCAUGGCCGACUCAUGAGCUCCGAAAGUGAAGGCACAUCUAGCUCUACAAGUCCCCAAAACACAGAAAAGUUCAACACAUUUCCACGCAAUCGAGGCAAAAACAUGCAGGAUGAAAUAAAUCAAUUUAAUACAUCUUUUGAAAUGCAAAGAGGACUAACAGAUUCCCAGAGUUCCUUGUCUUCUAUUUCGACAAUUGCCAGUGAACGAAAUUUUCCGACACAAAGUGUAUCAACCUAUAACCACAUGGUUGGCAACAACAACUAUGGCCAGAGUACUGUCACUACGGAAACAAGUAUCUCACGCUUCACACACAUCACAUCUGAACAGUUGGCGGCUACCAUGGCAACACAUUUACCAACACCUGAAGAUGGCGCUGCUUCCUCCCAGUCGACAACAACAAGCAUCAGUAAGUCCUCUCUACACGAGGUGCGCGAGGUGAUGGCAGUGAGCUUACAGAGGAUGAGAGAGCUUGAGGAACAGCUGAAGGCUAUCCCGGUCCUGCAGGUGCGUAUCUCUGUCCUCAAGGAGGAGAAGCGCCUUCUCAUGUUGCAACAGAAAGCUCGCGAGGCUAGGAUGAACAUGCGGUCAAUUGGUGUUGGAGAUUCUCCUGUAGAGGAGGUUGUCAAACCAGUUGUAUCCCCUACGGUUAAGGUUCCACCACCAGUAAUGCCAAAGCCUAGACUGAAGUCCAAGGCUGUAGGGGACAACAACGUGAUGGUGCCUUACCUAGUGCAGCCUGAGUUACCACCCAGCUACACUGUCAGGGACAAUGAAACCAUCAUACGGGAGACGUAUGUGUUGGAGAGAGAACGUGGUAACACUGCAAUCUACUCACCCUUUUCCAGGACACCCAAACCUCUCACUCGAACAAUAGGCAUUGGUGACGCAAAUGUGCUUGAUGAUGGUUUAAAGAUUCACGAAAAAGAACUAAGAACUGUGAUUAUAGGCGAAGCAAAGUCUGUUGGAAAGCGCCAUGUUGGUGUGGAUUGUCGUGUGUCAACAAGGGAUGUUGGUGUGUCUAUUGCGAUUGAUGAGGAGAAGCCUUCGACACGUACGGUUGGUGUUAAUGUUGACACAGGUUCCUUACUAACCUCGCUAAGCUUCAAGGCUGAUGAGAUGAGGAGUGCAUUGAGGGAAGUACUACACAAAAAUGUGCGGAGUAUCGGUGUCAAUUGUGACUAUAGGGCUCAAACCAUGGAGAGAGGGGUACAAUUUUCUGAAUAUUCACUGCGUACCAUAGGUGUAGGGGACUAUGAUGUGGAUAUAGAAUUACGUGCUCCUGUUCCGACGAGAACUGUUGGAAUUGAAGCCCAGCCUCAUGUCAUAAAUAAGGCUUGUAACACAGACUAUGGCUGGAAGCUUGAUGCUAGCACCAACACCGCAAAGCAAUACCAGGAAAACAGGUCAACCAUGACGGACCGGGCGAGACUCGGCAGUGCAGGGACCAUGACUGAGGCUGACAAAAUGUUCUCUGGUGGCACACAGACUGAUGUGAUGAUGUUCAUGAGGAUGGAUCAACUAAAAAAUGCUGGGUGUAAUACAAAACGGAAAAACACUUACAGCAAUGGUGUCCAAACAGACCUGUGUGAAGUUGUGUCGGAGGAUUAUGAACUUGAGGUAAUUUCGAAAAGCAGACGGCCAAUUAAAACUAAUUCCUACACAAAUACGGAUGCAGAGCCUCGAAAAUACAGCACAUCGAUGAAUACAGAGGAACCUAGAAAAUAUAGUAAAUCUGUGAACACUGACUCGGUGAGAACCAGAGACAUUGGAAGUAGUGAUGAUAAAUUAGAUUCAUUUGUAUGUUCCUUUAAUGAUGAAGAACGAAUGGAGGAGACAACGGAAGAGAUCGUCACCUGGACAACAGAGCAGGAGGUCCAGAGUGACUGGUCAGGCCAAAGCAGGGGUCAAGUCAUUGAACGUCAUACGACUGCAUCUCUGGACAAUAACCAGAUAAAAACCUCUAAAGAGAUCAAAGAGGUACCAGAAUCUUCACUGGUGGUUGUGUCUCAGAGGGCGAACAACUUGAUGUCAGCAUCCCCUAAAUAUAAGGAUGAGGCAACCUCCGAGACAUGGGAGGAUAAGCAAGUUACUCAAGUGAGCUCAGACCAACACAGCUGGAAGGAAGGUGACCGCAGUCAGGAGGUAGUGGAGAAAAAGAUCACCAGCCAGGGUGGCGACACUUACACUGUCACCACCAUCACACGCAAGACUCUUGGUGAACCAGAUGGGCAAAUGACCUUGCCAGGUCAGAGUGGUAAAGCCAAUGUAAGGAGUAUCAAAACAGGAGGCAACAUUGAGGUUACUAAGAUCUCUUCUUCUGGUGGUGGCAGUACUGGGGAUGUAUUAUCUGGUAUAAGCGGAAGUCAGCGAACAGUUACCACAGUCACGCAAAGUAUGAGUGGUUCAGGAGGUGGCAGACAAGCGCUGGAAGAAAACAGGGAACAGUCAAUGUCACAAUCUUCAUCUACCUCCAAACUGAAGGCUGAGCUUGAUCUGUUAGGGGGAUCUGGAGGGUCAUCGUCAUUGAUGAUGCAAAAGGGAUCAGGGGGAUCAAUGGAAUCAACAGGUUCAUCAUCGAUAAUGAUAUCCUCGUCCAGUAGUGGUGUGUCAGGAAUGACCUCAAGCAGUGGUCAGUCUGGCUCUGAUCUCAGUCUGAGUGGUCAGUCUUCGACCAGCACCAGCAGCGACACCAAUAAUGAAGAGGAGGAGGAGGUAACUGAGUCACUGGAGAUCAGGACAUAUAGGACUUCUGACUUUACACCAGUUGGCAGGAGCUAUUUUGAGCAGUAUGUCAGUUCUGGAGACAGUGGAAACCUCACUGGAGGUGUAACCAUUAUGAACACACAUUCUGUUGAUUCCACUGAUGGCAGUCGCAGGUCUCUCAAGUCAUGCAUGAAGAAGAGCAAGUCGGACACUCAGAUCAAGAAGGGCAUCACCUUUGCCGAAAAUGUGGUUGGAGGUUAUACAUCUAGCAGUGCAGGUGACGAAAGUUCGGAGGAGGGAGAAUCUGACAGUGAGUCAACAACUAGUUACGAGGAGGGAUCGUACGAUGGGCGAGAGGGCAGCAUUGUCUACCAGUGUAAGGACGAUGAGGCCAUUGCACAGGGAAUGCCUGGGGCCAAGAUGUUUGACCAGAACAUCAGGGAAACAUUCGAGUUGAGUAAAGAAAUGCAAACAUCAUCUUCUGUGCUGGCCAAGUAUUUGGAGGACUCAACAGAGGUACAGACCAAGGAACUGAAUGCCAGCCUUAAUGUGAUCCAGAAGGAAUGGUUUGGCAUUUCUAGCCAGAAGCUGUCAGAGCCCCACCAGGUAGAGGACUACCUGUCAAGCUUAAACGAGAUUUCUCGACGUCUGCUCGAGUAUAUAGUCAACAUGCAGGAUUCCAAUGGAAACACAGCCAUACACUAUGCAGUGUCCCACUGUAAUUUCGAGAUAGUGAACCUGCUGUUGGACACAGGCAAGGUGGACCUGGACAAGCAGAACAAAGCCGGCUACACACCCACCAUGCUGGCCACACUGGCCUACACCCAGACUGAGCGUCAACAGGAGGUUGUCCACAGACUUUUUACAAUGGGCGACAUUAACGCCCGUGCCUCGAAGGAUGGACAGACGGCCCUUAUGUUAGCAGUCAGUCAAGGUCGCACAGAAAUGGUCAAGCUGCUCCUUGAAAACGGAGCGAAUGUAAAUGCCCAGGACAACGAGGGGUCGACCUCCAUGAUGGUUGGAUGUGAACAUGGCUACACAGAAAUUGUCAAGUUACUGAUGUCACAGCCUGAUUAUGACCCCGCCCUGGCAGACAAUGAUGGGAGUACCCCUCUGUCGAUAGCCAUGGAGGCAGGCCACAAGGACAUAGGAGUCCUAUUAUAUGCACAACUUAACUUUAAACGACAGGCACAAGCUUCUCCAGGUCUAACCAGGAGUAGGAAAACUUCUCAUAACACAUCUCCACUAGCCAGUCCAUCCUCUGUUCGGUAGCACUCAAGUGUGUAUAUAUAGUCUUAAUAAACUUCGAAUGGAUCUAUACUGCUUACCAUCACAUGACGUCAGGCACGCUGAAGUUACCUCCUGCUGUCACUAAAGACACAUCCGUUCACAGUAGAUGGAGAUUUCUGUCACCAUGGAGAUCGCUAUAAAUCAUGCAAUAUGUUGUUGCUCCACACAGAAGAUGUUCAAGAGUAACUAUUGUAAAUCUAGACACAUGCUAAGUCCUAUAAAAGUGUAUCUUGUAACUCGAUAUUGUGCCGAGAACAUAUCUGAUGACUGUUACUGUGUGCGAUGUUCACCAUUCAGCGAAAAGGAGGAGGAGGAUACAUGUUGAUCAGGACAUCUGUACUGUAGUGUGACUGUAACCUCCUGUUAACAGUAUGUUUGUAUCCAGGAGAUUUGUUGUUCAGGUGAUAUGCAAAACUUAAUGAUCUGGAUCACCUAAACGUUUCUCCUUAAUGAACAGUUUAAAGCGUACAUGCUGACAGACAAGGGACAUACUGGUGAUAUAUCACCAAUAUAAAAUGAUAUUGUCACAAUAAAAAGGUGCUAUUUUUCUAUGUAUGGUGGGCUCCUGGCUUUGUACAGCUGUUGAUCGACUCGACCAGGUUUGCAUUUCUAGUGUGUAUAUAUAGUAACAAUUAACAUUUGGCCGUAGAGGAAACGAUGGCUGUCUUAUGUACAAAUACAUUAUUUUUAAACGAAAUGCAGAAAAUCUGUUCAUGUACUGUUUUUAUGUAAGUGUUAUUAUAAAUGUGAUGUGGUUGUGUUGUGAAUGUGUCGUUAAUCAAAGUAGGAUAGAUGCCAUUUUUAAACUGGAUCAUUCCCAUUACCAUAGCAAGGAGUAUUGAGGUUAAACCCUGCAGCUCCUCUACCCAACAGCAGGCUGAUCUGGACAAAUAGAGAUGGGUAAAACAGUUUAUGUUAGUUUUCUUUCUUUUAAGUAAUAAAUGAAAGUCAGUUUAAUCAUAAAUUAUGUUAUAAUGAUGGGCAUGAGAGUUUGACACCAGUAAUAUUGCCAAAUCAUUUUUCUUUAGUUUGACUAGGAUUUCAUAAGUUUGACCGAAUGUUUUAUUGCGAUUCUACCUCCACAGUUACUCUGUGUACUGUACAGUAAGAUCAGAUAAUACUCAGUUUGCUGCCCAUUUUGGUGCAUGUUACAUAUUCUGAAACAUUAAUUAUUGUUAAAAGUCAAAACACUACUGUUCCAUUAGAUAUAAAAGAGACCUGUUGAAUUAAAACCACACCAAACAUGCCAAUUUAGUCAAUGUUUUUAAUUGACAUCUUGUUUGAAAUACUAUCAACAUUCCAACACAUGAGUCUCUCCACACUGCCCACUCUCCACCCCAGACCCCUGCUCAGCUGCUGUAGUCAGAGAAGCUGACCCUGGUCUGAAGGUGUGGGUAGGCAUGGAGAGACAGGUGUGAUUAUAGAUGUGUAUAGAUACACUCCUCUAUCAAUCCGCUGGGUACAGCUGAUGACGGCCGGUUGUUUUAUGUGAAGUUCUUUUUUUAUAUGUUUGGUUUGUUGUAUGCAUGUUUUAAUUUUCAUCAUAUGAAAAAAGGUGAAUACAUAUAGCAAUACCUGAGGCAGAAUACACCUGAUAUCUCACUCAUUGUUGUAAUCUUUAUCAAUAUUCUCAUUUCCUUUAUUAAUUUCUUAUCUAAACUGCAGAUUUGAAAUUACAGAUGUACCAUAGAACAAAAUUCAACAAUUGUUAUUUUAAUCAUUUUUGUUUUAUAUUAUUUUUUUCUUGCCUGCAUUUUAAGUGCUUUUAUGCUGUAAAGAGGUUGCUUAUAAAAGUUCUCACUUAAGUAUUUACUCUGCAAUUCUGGCUGCUUUAAAGCAUACUCGGACUGUGGCGAAUGGAAAUAGGCAGUACACUAUCAAAUAACCGAUAGUGUAAAACGGGAUAGAAAUUAAUGUCUACAGUGUUGUGGACCUUGACACUCGGUAACAAAUGACAAGGGUUCAUGUUUAAAUCCUGCUUCUGCUGCAUAUUGUUAUCGAUAAGACAUAUAACCAAAAUGGUGACUUCAGUUAUCAGUACUUUGUUUGGAGAAUACUUUUAUCAGAUACUUGCUAGUUCUACUGAAUUGAUGGAAUGUUUGAACCAAUUUGAUUUUCAAAUUUGAAUAAUAGGUAGAGAGAGAAAUGAUGACAACUUACAAAUUAUAACAACUGAAAAUGUUCAAAUUAAAAUGAUAACAAAAAAUAUUAACAUCUAGCUUUAAAGUUAAAUGACGUUAAGACACUAUGAUGCAAAACAUCAAUAAUAUCAUGAGGAAAAUAUCAAAUGGUAAUGAGUCCAUUUUUUGUGUGUAUAUUUACUAUGUAUAUUUAUGACUACCGGUAGUUACAAAAAGAGCUGAAACACCAUUAUGAUUUAAGGCUGUAUGCUCCAUUUAUAAAUCUACGAUACAUAUUUGUAUUAAGGAAAAAAAGGUUUAUAUAUCCUGAAUAAGUCUUAUAUAGUGAAGCUUGUCUUAUAAAUAAGUAUGUAAACCAUGUAUAUCUGUGAUACACAUAUUUAUAAUAUCUAUAUUUAAACAAACCAGCAGACCAGUCUUCAAACACGUCCUAAAUAAUAAAUAAAAAUAUGAUUUUCAGAGAAACUGUAAUACUUGGAUUUAAAAUUGUUGUCAAGUGUUUUUCAUUUAAGGAACUUUUUGUAUUACAUGUAUUAAAAUUAGCUAUUACUUCAUUUAAUCUACGAAACAAGUAGUACAAUGUAUAAUUAAUGCAAAGGUACCAGCUGACCACAAUUAUUUUUGCAAACUUAAAUGAAAGACUAUGCACUACAAGUUUAAAUGCAAUCCAAUAAUUUAAGACUCCUUAUUAUUAAAUUGUGCGAGUAAUCUAAUUUCCUUAUCGUAAAAUAGGCAAAGUAGAUUUGACUCCUUUAUUGUUAAAGUGUCUUUCAGUUUAUUAUUUGAUUCUCUUAAGUUACUUUGAAAUAUUGUCAAGGUUGGUUGUAAUGCUAUUGUUGGAGUCAUUUUAAGUUUUUUAUGUGUGAGAAUACUGUGUUAUGAACCACAAGUUAUCUCCGGUCAUUGUUCUCUUGUCGUUGGACGUUGUGUUCAAUGUGAUAUUGAAUUUUUGUACGAAUUUGACUACAUAUCAUGGUGGAAUAAAACUGGGCGACUGUGAGCUGUUAA